UUAAGAAAACUUUAUUUAGUGUAGCAGUCACUAUCGGACGGUGAGCCUUAUAGUGACUAGUCAGACUGAGAAAGGAAAAACAUUAAAAGAAUCAUGUCAACCAAUCUUUUUAAAGACCAACACUGAAAUAUGACAUUAACUGUGACAUAUGACGUAGACAGAAUUGGUAUACUGGCAACCUGCAAGUUCAAAAUAUCAACAGGUUAAAAAUGAAGAGGUAUGCCGAGCAAAACUUGAAUGGAUGGUUCUGACAACUCUCUUACACGUUGAUGAUCUGCACACUUGCCAGGAGGAAGUAUUAUUUUAUCACAACCAGCCAAUACCUUCCGCCUAAAGAUAUUCAGCAUUGUGGAAUCGUUACACAAACUGUUACCAAAUAUGGAAAAAAUAAACUAUAAGGUAAAAUAGGUUCAACUUUGAACUAUGGCGUUCAAAUGCAUACUUUUGUCCAUUUUUUCUUUUGCAAGUUUCACUUUCAAGUAUCUCAGUUGGGUUGAGCCACACUCAGCACUCGGCGGUGGGGCCCCGAACGACGCCAUCGUUGUUCGGACACGCGUCCGCGCGUUACAUUUAACAUUUAAACGCCACGCGCACCGCGCCGUGGUUAUGCGGCGGGCGCCGCGGGAAGCGUGCCCGACGGUCUUAGGGCCCGAAUCAAGCGCCGUGCCCCUCACACCGGUUCACCUCGACCAGGCUAGUUUAGUCCCACCCCCCUCCCCUGUUGACCAAAAACUUGCAUGAAUUGGAUUCGACUGUGCGGUAGCCUGGGCCAGGCUGUUUUCUUUUUCUACCAACAUCACAACACAUUCACAGCCUUUCCGGGGGGGCCUGGAUUUCAAAAAGGUGCGCCAAUCUCACCGACAGUUGGGGAUUCUUCUUCUUCUUCUUCUGUAGUCAAAACGCCCUAAGCGGAGGACGGCUUGUUAUUUGGGCUGACUCGGCCGCACUCUUCCCGCUACUUUGCAACGCCGACUAGCCGCCGCUGAUCCAUACAGUGUGUGGCGCCGUAGUAAGCCAACAUGCAGGCUAGCAAGUUAGCAAGAGGCUAAUGCUAAGGGGAGGGGGGGGCUAAAGACGCUUGUUAGCAAAAGUCGCGGAAGUGAACGGCGGCCGAACGCCCGGCUUCGAGGGGGGGGUUUUAGUGUUUAUUUCCCGCUACUUAUUAAUUACUAGUGUGUCGCGGGGACGAACUCGGGUAUCGCUGACGGACGGAACCGACACUCUCUCUGCUGGGAGGAGAGAGCGGUAGCCGCCGCCGCCGCCGCCGCCUCCCCGUGCGACAACAAGUCGUAGGUACGGUUCCAGCGGCGACAAACGCCGCGUGUCCAUCCGUAUGUUACCGGCGCCGUUAUCCCGCUAGCAGGCGACCGCUGCCCGGGUCGGGUGCCGAGCGGUGCCGCCUCGGAUUUACGCGUUUUUUCUGCCUCCCCGGCGGGUCUCUCUGCCGUCGUCGUCGGCUCCUCUCGGAAGUCUAAUAACUGCUGGUAAACCUUAGCCAGGAUUUCCGGCUCCUUUCCAUUUUGCCCUAUGCUGUUUUGUUUCCGUUUGCUCCAUUUCCGUUUCGAAAAGUUUUCCGUACGUGCGAAGUUUGGCGUUUGAAUCCACGCGGAUUACUCCCGAUUUUGAACCGAGAUGUGUGCUUUUUUUGUUGUUGUUGCCGCAAACCCGCCGUUGUUUGCGGCUCGGGGGGGGAGGAGGGGGGGCGGCGGGCGCAGCGCGUACCUCGCCCCGCGGUAUAACGAGCCGUUCAAAACCGUAAGACCCCGACUUGGACACACGUGGGUUUUUUUGGGGUUUUUUUUAAAGUCGACCAUUAUCGACGUUUUUCUUGUAAAGACUCGCCCGUGAUGGCAGUUUUUUUUAAAUUCUUGGCCUCCAUUUGGCCUUUAGACGUGAGUGAAGCCUCGCCCUCGAGUCGGCUAACGUUAGCACAUUAGCAUCCGCUAAAGUGUCCCGGACCGCCAAUGAGAAGUCGAGGCUCAAAGGCCUCUUGGCUUUUUUAGGGUCAUGCAGUGCCUGUUGUUUUAACUUCCUUAAACACGUGAUGUCCACAUUACUGUAAUAUUGGCAGUCGUAGCCGCAGUAUACCUACCUCUAUAAUAACCAUCACAUUUGUUUUGAUGGGCGUUUAAGCAUCCAUCCUAAACAUGUUUACCAUUACAAGUGAAGGCUCACAGUACUGGUCUGACCAUAGUUUAUUCUUGUACACCCCUGUUCUGUUAGACCUCUGAUAUUGCAGUUACUUGGAUCUGUGUUCAUACUCAUAUUUUUUACUUUCUCUGCUUCUUGUAUUUAGUUUUUAUAUCUUAACCAUAUAUUUGACGCUCUUAAUUGACACUUCCUUUCUAGCUGUGUACGUUUGUGUCGCUGAGAGCAACCUACUGAGUCAAAUUCCUCAUGGGAUCAUACUUGACCCAUAAAACUGACUCUGGAUGCAUGUAAUCCAGUGUUCAGCGCUUCAAACCUUUGUAGAAUUAAAUUGACAUUCAAACUACUUCCUAUUGGCCGUAACACUAAAUAUGCCUGGAAGUGAUUGUUACAUUUUGGAAUAGGCUGUGUGUAGUCCAAAGCAUGUGGAAUUCAUUCCAAACAAGUUAUUUAGAUCAUUUGCCGGUUCACAUGAACAUAUGAUAAGAUGAUCACAUCGCUCAAGAUAGUUAAGUGUGCUGUAAAGUCAUGUGCCCUCUCCAAAUUUUGGUCAGAGCCAACUUUUUUUACUGAUUAUAAAUUAAACAAGCACCAUAGAUUUGAAAUUGAUCUUGUUUUUUUUCAAUUAGUGCUGUAUGAUUAUUGUUCCAAAAUACUUGAUUUUCUCUUUUCAUGCACCUCUGUACAACAGCUUACCUCUUGGUGUUUAGAAGAGAAUGUCUAAAAGUGAGACAGAAGAAAUGAUAGAGAUAGAGAUUGAUGGACAGGAGAAGCAGGCAUGCCUGGAGGAGGGUGUUGAGGAACAAACCAUUACAGCAUCAGAUCUGAUUCAACAGGAUAUCGAUAUUAAUGAGCCAAUAGGCAAUUUAAAGAAACUUUUGGAGCCUCGUAUCCAACUAUCUUUGGAUGCGUAUGAGAUCUGCUUACAGGACAUUCAGCUGCACCCUGAUCAUAGCCUAUUUGAUCAAGGGGUAAAGACAGAUGGCACAGUACAGCUCAGCCUACAGAUUAUUGCCAAACCAGGUGAGGAGAAGUUGAACAUCCUGGAAAUUGUGAAGCCCGUGGAGACAGUUGAAGUGGUGAUCGAUCCAGAUGCAGCAGGAGAGGAGGGGACUCUGGUGGAGGAGGGUCAGCUCAUUGCUGUGGAGCGCUCUGCACUAUCUGAUGACACCUCAGAGCAAGUGACGCGCUGGGCCGCAGCCCUUGAGGGCUACCGCAAGGAGCAGGUCCGUCUGGGAAUACCAUACGACCCUUUGCUCUGGACAGCUGAUCAGGUGAUCCACUGGGCAGUGUGGGUGAUGAAGGAGUUCAACAUCGAUGAGAUGGAAAUAGGAGGGAUUCACAUCCCCGGGCGAGACCUGUGUUCCUACACCCAGGAGGAGUUCCUUCAGAAGGUGCCCAACGGAGAGAUACUCUGGAGCCACCUGGAACUUCUGCGGAAAUAUGUGUUAGCCAGUCAGGACCAGUCUGGUCAGGAUGCCACUGUCACCAUUGAUCAGCCUGUGCACAUAAUCCCAGCCCCAGUCAGCACUCCCACCACCAUAAAGGUUCUGAAGCAAAGCCGUGGGCCCAGAAUGCCUCGCAUUUCAGGAGAGGAACGCAGCUCACCUGGCAACCGCACAGGUAACAACGGGCAGAUCCAGUUGUGGCAGUUUCUGCUGGAGUUACUGACAGACAAGGAUGCCAGAGACUGCAUCUCUUGGGUGGGCGAGGAAGGGGAGUUCAAACUGAACCAGCCUGAGCUCGUGGCGCAGAAGUGGGGCCAGCGCAAGAACAAGCCCACAAUGAAUUAUGAGAAACUCAGCAGAGCCCUCAGGUAUUACUACGAUGGGGACAUGAUCAGCAAGGUGCAGGGCAAGCGCUUCGUCUACAAGUUCGUGUGCGACCUGAGGACUCUGAUUGGCUACAGCGCUGCCGAGCUCAACUCCCUGGUGACCGAGUGUGAGCAGAAGAAGCUGGCCCGCAUGCAGCUGCACGGGAUUGGCCAGCCCAUCACCACGGUGACCCUGGCCACAGCGACCCUGGACAAAGACAGUUGAGGGACGCCGGGGGAGGGGACAUCCAUCACGGCGUCCUGCGACCGGGAAGAGGUUGCUCUCAGCCGCUUGGUGUGGUGUGGUGUCGGUCAACUUCCCCUCCCCUCAAUAACUAACUUUUCUUGAACUGGGGGAGAUGGGGUAGGGGGGGUUGGGAGGACAGCAAGGCUGAUUCUUUUUUUUUUGAGACAGACCGAGGCAGGAGGAGAGUGGUUGAUUUCCUUAUUUUCUUUUUUUUAUAUAUAUAUAUAUAAUUCUAACCAAGAGCAAACCAGUUCAUAAUGAGGGACAAUUGGUAUGUGCAUGGUGUGUGUGUGAGAACUGAAAUCCAAAACAUGGUUGUGCAUUUAUUAGUGUAAAUGAUUGUGCGCGUGUGUGCAGAUGUUCGAAUGUAACUGAAAACUCAGCUGUGAGCUUUGCAUUUUUUGUUCCUUGUUUGUAGUUUAGGAUCGUUUCCAUUGUAUAUACCGGUACUGUUUUUUGAUAGCCACAAGGGCAAGUGUAUUUUCAUAUUUUCCAUUUAUAGAGGCUCUGUUUUGUAUUUUAUUUAGUGUCUGUUCCCUUAAUUGCUGGACCCUUUUUGUCCACUGGCGGGAAUAAAGCGGCAAGCCUUUUUCUUA